GUUCGCUCGCUCUUUCUCUCAUUAUUGGCCGUUUGCGUGUUUGACUGUUUACGGGUGUGUGUGUGUCCUUUGCAUUAUUUUGUUUAAACCCGUCCAUGAGUGGCCCAUCGACAGUGUGCUCCAGUGUAGUUCAAGCUAGUGUCCAGACCCUGAACGUGGCGCAUUCGGGAGUGGUGUCAAUAUCAGCCUUCAAAAAGGAACCAUUUCCCUACCCCAAGUUCCUAGUCUUUUUACUUCCUCCUCCCUCUUUACGAACGUCCUCGGCAAAAACUAAUCCACCUCCAACAAAGCUCACCAUUGAUCUGGCUCCAAAAACAGUCCGUGUUCAUUGUAUCCACAGUGUAAAGUGUGUUUGUGUGUGUGUGUCCCUCUUUGUAUCCCCGAGUGUGUGUGUUUCGGUGCAGUGAAUUUCAGUGUGUUGUGCACAGGGAUAUCGUUCCGUUCGGUUGCGACACGUCGCACGGCAGUUAUAGGCCGAGGCCGACACAGUGUCCGGAUAGCUGAAUGUCCCUGCCAGCCAUAUCGCUGGUCACGAAAGCCCAAGAUUGCCUACCGCAAAGCGACGAAAGGUGCGCGCUACUUCAUCUCUGCCACCGCCGCCGCCGGGGGAAAAUCGAUUCCACCGCAACGUUCCCUUGUAUAUACCGCGUGUGUGGGCUCCCACUUCUGACCGAUACACGUGCGCGCACCCGCCAGUGAAGCUUAAGAAGAAGAAGAAGCGGCGGUUUUGGUUCGGGAGCUCCACCAGUACUGCGGGCGCUUUUAAGGCUGCAGGUUCGUUGCCGUCGGUGGGCUCGAAACAGUUUUGGGCGAUAGGAACGGUUCCUCGCAGUACUGCGGUAGCGGCCUCAACCUGGAUUCCUUCAUCAUCAACGGUGGUGGUAAUCAACGAUACGCGAACCUCCCCGGCCUAAACAGGGUGUUCCUGGGCGCGCUGCAGCGAUGAUGAAAUGGCAGUAAAUGAAAUGUGACAAAGCUGUGGUUUCAAAAAUUCCUCCCCCCAAUCGCAAAGGGGCAACGUUCCAGUACACCAGCAAGUGCAAUUACUUUGUUUUCCGGCCGAGCGUAUUGCAUCACGAAAGCCGAAAGUGAGCUGAAAGUUUUGUACUCCUCACCAAUACACACACACACACAGACAUAAACCGGGCACGGAUUGCUCUUUGGUUUCAGAACGGCAAAAAAGCUCAUUCCGCCGUCGCCGCUCGUUCGUUAACCUCGACUCGGGAGGGGUUGGUGCUGUUGCGGUCGUUCCAGUUCCACCGCAAAGCCAAACUAGCAAACAAACAAGUGUGAUACGGUUACGACCCCACACCGGGUGUGCCUUCCCUGCGUGACGUUGUGCGAGGUUGUUAGAUUCGUGGUACCCGAGGCCUUUUGGGCUGUGCGGGUGCUGCAAGAGUGCGGAAAUAAAGUAACGAAAUCGCGUGUGAUUGCACCUGCACAGGCCUGUGUCUGUGUGGCCUUCCCGAUUGUCCGACCUAGCCCGCCCCAAACCCAAGUCGCACAAAUGUUGAGCAGCGACCAGCAGCAGCGGCAGUAUGCGGCGGGACAGCGGCCGGACAGUGGGCAACCGCAAGCCGGUCGCAACCACUCGUCGGCGGAAACCUCGCCCGGCCACAGUAACGCGGCGGGCAGUGACUUCUUCAUGUUCGACGAGCUCAGUUCGGCACUGACUGAUGAGCGAAACAAUGGCCACAAUCAUCAUCAGCAGCAGCAGCCGCUGCACCACUACCAACCGUCGCCGUCUGCCAACGGAAGCAGCCCGGCUAGCUCCAGCAACUCUGGCAGCACCAACAGCUUGCUAAGCAAUGGCGACAGUCUAAUGGCACGAAUCAAUCAGCUCAAUCAGCAGCAGCAGCAACAGUACGGUGGCGGGAGAACCCGUUCACCCCCGACCGGUGCAACAGUGCCGGUCGACGGCAGCACAAUAGGAGUGGUGGCGUCCUCGCCCACAAAUACCGGUCAGCAACAGAUACCGGUCAGCAACUCCCUUGCACAACAGCACCAGCACCUGUUAGCCGCGUCCGUCGCGCUGGGCCGUGGUGGUGGUGGUGGUGGUGGUGGUGCAUCCUUUGCGCAACGCGGCCCGAUUGAUGCCACCGAUGGCACAACAGCGAGCAUCCAACAACAGCAGUAUGGUGGCGGUGGUGCUGGUGUACCACAGUUCCACAACAGUUUUGCACAUACUGGACACCAUCAGCAACAGCAGCAGCAGCACAAAGCGGCCUUUUAUCAAAGUCAGCAGCAGCACCAGCAGCAUCAUCUUCACCAUCAGCAGAACAUACAACUGAGGCCAGGUUUCGGUAAGUCCCCCGAUGCGCACAUUGAUCCCAGCAGGACGGUCACACAACUGAACCACGCAAUGGAACUGUUCGAAGCUACGGGAACUACCACCGCCACCACUACCACAGCUACCAAUGGCGGUGGAGACAACUAUCACUUCAAGACGCUGGUACCGUCUGUCGCGGCCGGUGCCAUCAUCGGCAAGGGCGGCGAAACGAUCGCCUCGCUACAGAAGGAUGCCGGUGCCCGGGUGAAGAUGUCCAAGGCGCACGACUUCUAUCCCGGUACCACCGAGCGUAUCUGUCUCAUUAGCGGCACGGUCGAGGGCAUCCUGGCCGUGCUCGAUUUUAUCACCGACAAGAUACGCGAGAAGCCCGACAUUACCAAAGCGCUCACCGAGGCGGACGCGAAGCAGGCCCAGGAGCGCGACAAGCAGGUCAAGAUACUGGUGCCGAACACGACCGCGGGCAUGAUCAUCGGUAAGGCCGGUGCGUACAUCAAACAGAUCAAGGAGGAGUCCGGCUCCUACGUGCAGAUCUCGCAGAAGCCGAAAGACCUGACGCUGCAGGAGCGCUGCAUCACGAUCAUCGGCGAGAAGGAGAACAACCGGAUUGCAUGCAAGAUGAUCCUGGCCAAGAUCGUCGAAGAUCCCUCAUCCGGCACCUGCUUGAACGUAUCAUACGCAGACAUCAACGGACCGGUGGCCAACUUCAACCCCACUGGUUCGCCAUUCGCCGCCUCACAGAAUCCCAAUUUCAGCUCGAGCACCGCCUCACUCAACUCCGCCAUCAGCGGGCCGCUGCCGAAUGCGGCGGCCACCGGUUUGCUGGUCAACGGCACCGGGCUCAAUCUGUCAUUAAACCUAGGUGCACCAUCACCACAGACUAAUCCUACCGUUACCACACAAUUGCUUGAUCAUAUUAAGAGUGCCAUGAGACAGUCCGGCUACUCGGACACGGCCACGGCUGAGGUGCAUGCCGCGCUCGGUGUGCUGGCAAAGUAUGGCGUCCUGGGCAUCGGUGUCGGGCUGCAGAACGGUACGCACUCGACCACGCUCGGCUAUCUGGGCAUGCCGGAGAUGCAACAGUCGUCGGCGGCGGCGGCGGCCGCUGCCUCGGCCGCCACCGGCGUGUACGGUGCCGUCGGUCAGCUCAACCUCGACUCGUACCUGCACGGGGCGGGCACGGCGACGCCUCGCACUACCGCCAUCGAUCGCUACGAUCCGACCACGUUCGAUCCGUUCCGGCAUCCGGGCACGCAGGCGGCGACCCCGAUCUCGAUCAACAACAAUGCGUUCGGGCUCGGCAACCCGAGCGCCCUGAACGCGGCUGCCCAAACGCUCGGCUCGCUCAGCAAGAGCCCGACCCCGGCCGAGAUGACCACGAGCAAGGAGAAGAACGUCGAAAUCCCGGAAGUGAUCGUAGGUGCCAUCCUCGGACCGGCCGGGCGCAGUUUGGUCGAAAUUCAGCACAUAUCCGGCGCGAACAUUCAGAUCUCGAAGAAGGGCAUCUUUGCGCCGGGCACGCGCAACCGGAUCGUCACCAUCACCGGCCAGCAGAACGCGAUCAACGUGGCGCAGUACCUAAUAGAGGAGCGCAUCAGCCAGGAGGAGACGAAGCGGGCGUGCCAGACGGCGGCCAAUGCGGCGGCCACCAACAAAACGUCGGCCGCGUCGGUCGCCACCGUAACGCAAUAGGGGUGCCGGACGGCAACGGGAGCAGUAGUAACUGCAGCCGCCGCCGCCGCCGCCGCCGUCACGCCCAGCCGCCUAGCCGCGUUCGCUAGUCCUCCGCCCAAGAGCCGCCUGCAGUCCGCGAUUGACGAGUUUAAGGCAAACAUUCAUCUGUACGUAGCGCAUCCUUCAAUCUGAAUCCCGUUUUGCGAGGGAGCGUUGGGAGCGUCCCACUGCGAGGGCGCCAGAACCCGUUGGGAGUAUAGGAGAAGUGUGAUAGAGGAAGAGGAGGACGUGGAAGAGAGCGAGAGAAUGUGUGUGUGCGUGCGGUGCACGGGAGGGAGGAAGGAAACAAAAAAAAAACAAAUACAGCAAAGGAAGACAUAUUACAGUGUAGGGACAUAUUAGAAGCGAGUUUCGUUUAACGUUAGUGUAACCACUAAUCCACUCUUCGAGCGAGCGAGAAGGGGAGAGAUAGAGAGACGCGUCCGCUAAAUUCAGUUUCAGAACGGGCGAAGAGUGAAUGUCUGCGUGUGCGUGUGUGUGUUUCGUUUUUAGGGCAAAAAAAAGUUGUUUCUCGUUGUACACGUACAUCGUUUCAUUCGUACACUUUGUUGUUAGAUUUUAAUUUUUGCGACUCCACCGCCCGCUCUACCACUUCACUUCGUUUCGUUUACGAUGGGGCGGCUUUGUUUGCUCCGCCGAUUGAAGGCUGUGCGGGCAGCAAAGUAAACAAAAAGGAUAAUAUAUAGCGUUAAUAUUCAAAUUGAUUAUGUGAGCGAAGGUAAAAGGUGAAAACAAAUCACAGUAAUAAUCGUACAAUGGGCGUAAAAAGAAGAAGAAGAAGAAGAAGUAGCACUUGGAAAAAACAAAUUAUCAAGAACAAGAGUAAACUUGAAAUGAUUUCGCGUUGUGAUAGCGAACAGAGAAACGCCUCGGUCGUUUGAAGACGUAGUUGGGGGUAGUAGUAGAAAGGAUGGGUAACAAAAACAAAGCGUUUAGGUAAAUAUGAAAUGGGUGAAAACACCCCAAAAAAAUAUACACAUUCACACAAUGCAAAACACACACACACACACACACAUACACACACAAUUUAUUACAAACUACAGCUAUAGGAAAUGUGAAUGGUAAACUAUUGUGUAAUUGUUAUUUUACUAGAUAAAUUUUGUUGCGCGCUAGAAUGGACGCGGGAUAAGCAAACGUCUAAAACAAAACCCCACACAUACAUACACACAAAAUCGUACAUGUAUAAAGAAAUUUUAACGAAGGAAUGAGCUACAGACAGCAACAAAAAACACAAUAUGGAAAGUUAGAAAACAAAAGUUUCACCCUAAUCCUGUGCAACUUCCCGUGUAGCGGAUAAAACUAAACGAAAUCAAAGCAUAACAUCACACACAAACAUAAACAUCACACAUCGGAUUGCGAUCACGGGAUGGGAUGGGCACGCAGGGCAAAGAGAUCGAUAAACACUUUAAUGCAUGUGUGGUUAAGGCGUGGUACGCCACAAUGCAAGGCAUCCGCCGUAGUAGUAAGAAAGACCAUUUAAUUAGUAGUUAAACAUGUUACCCCUCUCCAAGUUAUUUUUUGGUUUGCGUCGAUCGGGCAGGAAACCAAUCUUCCUUCCCUCCCGUUCAAGUUUCGCUCAAAGCGUACCAACCAGCUCGUGCGGGAUGGGAGGGGGAAAAGCCUUCCGAAAAGCGCUUCAUUUGCAUCAUACUUUUCAAACGAUUCUCUUGUUUGUUCGUUAUGCGAUCUCUGCUGCUGCUGAUCGCCGCUUACGAUGCCAGUCAUACACAAUUUUGUUUUAAAUAGAAUGUAGGCCGUUAAUUCAAUACCAAAAAACACAUAAAAAAGCAUCACCGAUCGAUCAAGCGCAUCGAGACACAUCAUACAGUGCGCGCCAGGGUUGUUUCUGUUACUUUAUUUUUUUGUUUUGUUACACGUUUAUAUUAUUUCCCUAGUGUGCCCGAUUCGAAGACACUGUUAAAGGCCCGCUGAUACAGUGGGUCGUUUCCCCAUUCGCUGAGUUUUAAGGAAAUGUAAAGACUCCCACAUCCCACAUCAUCAACACUUUCGCAACCCAUCGUCAUACCGUAAUUGCUUCACACUCGAUUGUUUGCUCGAUCGAGCAUAGCCACCCGCAGUCAUAAAACUCCCCCACCCAGAACAACCAGCUAGUGUCGACAGCAAACAGCGGGUUUUGUUUGUAAUUUGGUAGUUACUUUUAUUAAUCUAUAUCGUUCUUAUUAAUUCGUUCUAAAAACAGAGCAGCAGCGAACGUUAUUAGAACGCUCCAAGGGAAGCGUCGGGACAUGUGGAAUAUAGGGAAUGGGAAAGGAAAGUUACAAGCCUGUACAAGCGCGAUGGUAUCCGAACACGCAUGCCGUGGUACGGAUUGGUUUGAGCGUAUCGAUUGUUUUUUUUUUUUAGUCGGGACAUUAUUCUAGUGACUUAGCAAUAUAAGUUUAACAGUAGCAUACGUGUUUUUUUCCGUUGCUUUCAUUCUUUAUCUACCGCGUAACACGCAUACGCAACUUUGCCUAAAUGUCGCAAUCUACACGGAACACGUGUGUUUUUUUACGCAGAAGUCCAUCAUUUGGUCAAGGAUAAAGCAUCAUUGAUUCCUGUUACUUUACUUCACCCACAAACCCAGCGGUGAUCCAGGCCUAAGAAUUUAUUUCUCACUUCCAACGGCUCGUGUACGAUUUGCAUGCUUUAUAACCGUUACCGUAAUGUUUAGUUAACGUAACUUAGAAAGAUAGGAAAGGAAAGGGGCGUAGGAAAAGGAUAUUGAUUCUUCCAUGCAGCAAAGGGAGCAGGGGGGAGGGAUGGGGAGGAUGGGGAGGGAGCGUUUAAUCAAAACAAAAGCGAGGAUCCGCACCAUUUUCCCAGCGCAUGUAGGGCGCGCGCGUGUGUGCAAUAGGUUUUACCCCUUUGUUUUAUCGAUGCAAUCGUUCAUAUCUAUCUUACAUUUGUUAAUAUGCGCUACUACAGAUGUGUAUUUCUUUUUCACACACCAUCACACAAAUAAGCAUGUUUUAUCUCAAUUUGUUUCCGCUUUGCUUGUGGCAGCAACUAGAUGAAGCUUCACGAGCAAAUGUUAGGCGUUUAGAAAUAACCCGUGUGAUGAAAGGGAAAGAAUUAUCUCUCUCUCGUAAGACCAACCGACAAAAAGACGUACCAUCACCAAUUGGCACAGAAACAAGUGCUCUUUUGCCCGUACACAAAGUAGGAAAACGCUCAAAGCAGGAGAAAGCAACGAGAAGGAUAACAACAGAAAAAAGCAACAGAGAACAGUUUGCUAUAAAGGAGACAUCUGGAGAAGAGGAAAGUGUGAGAACAGAUUAGACAUGUCGAACUUUUAUGUGCCACCUGUAUCGAGAUACACACGUUUACGGUGUGUUUGUAAGUGCGUGAGAAUUGCGUGUGUACGAGUCUGAGAGCUUGGGGCCAUCUUCCACUGAAUGUGCCGUCUUUUCUUUGGUAAAUCAACUCAAAAGCCUUGCUCCAUAUCCUUACUCGUGUGAUCCAAAUUUGCCUCUCCUGCGGUGUUUUUCCCUACCGUGUGUCUGGGUGGAUCUCCUGUGCGUGUCAGGACGCCUGUUUCUGUUGCAUCUGUAACAUCUGUUUUGCACUAUUUAAAUUCGCAAACUGCUGAUCACACAUCCCGCCACCACGGUUUGUGCAACGAAUGUGGUAUGGUAUGGUGUCCACUCUAGGGAAAGUGGGCACGGAACGAACGUUGAAAAGACACGGGUACCGAGAGGGAAAUGUAGGGGCAAGGGGUUACAUAUACACACUUACACAUCGUACACGUUGAGCUGUUAUAGUGUUGUAAAAUAAUUAUUAAACGCAAACAUUGAUACAUUUCUUCAUUCAGUUACCAUGCCGCUUGACAGUAAGAAGCUAAUGAUGCUCCUAGCGGGGGAGAAAGGGUAGGCAAAUUGUUAGUGUAGGAGUCCUUACGACGGGUUUAAAGUUUUUUUGUUCUUCUUCUUCUUCUUCUUCUUAUUGGGGUGGUAGUAUUCGAUACAGCUCCAGCACAUCGACACAUAAGAUUUCUAGUUACAAAACCCCUUGUAUGUAGUGGUCAAACAGUCAAACGCCUGUGAUGCGUGGCACACAUGGCACACAUAAACGUAAACGUAAUAAUACAACUGCAUACAACCUUCCCCACAGUCCCCCACACCUUUCCUCCCCCAUUAUAUGUGCAUGCAUACACUCGUAACCCAUCUACUACUAUCUACUACUGUGUUAUGUUUUAUUCAAAGUUUAUCUAUAUUUAUAGUGCAAAUGAAAGCGGCAAACACGAUGGGUUUUAGGGCCCUAUCGAUUAACCAUUACACACAAAACAAAACAGGAAGACCCUAAAACAAAUAAGCGGGAAGGUAAAAGUAAGCGAAAGUUUAAAAAGAAACAGACAGAAAAAAAACAACGUGGCAAGAUAACAAAAACUAGAAAAUAAAGAUAGCAAGGAAGGCAGGGCGCGGGCGGAAGUAGAAGAUUAAUAAAUUGAAAUGGAUUGAAGGAACAGUGAAGCGCUGUUUUGGUGUUUGCAAAACGUGCCGCGUGGACCGUAUAAACAUCAAACAGCACGCCAACAAAAGCUGAGUGAAGUGAAGAAAGUAAGCGAGGAAACAACCCAAAACAAAACAAGAAAGAGGGAAAGGAAAUGAAAAGGGAGUCACUCCCACAAUGGUAGAAGGUUUUAAGAAUGAAAUUAAGCGAAAAUACACAGAACAUUACGAGACAAAUUAAUCACAAUGGAGUGGUGUUAGUUGCGUGAUAUGGUGAGAUAUGUUCAUGGUAUAGUAUUCGGUUUCUUUGUUCGUCGUUGUUCUGUUUUGUUGUUUUGUUGUUCAAUUAUGUUGUAUUUUUUUGAGUCGUUUUCGUUCAUUUAAUACUCUUUUUAUAUUCUUUUUAUGGUUUCCCUGUGUAUUUUUAAGGUACGUUUUAUUUUCUAUUUUUUACUGUUAUUUAAAAUCAUAUGUUUACUAUUAAUUUAUGUUUUCUUUAUGUUUUUAGUGUGUAUCCGCAAUUAUAGCACCACCCGCCCGGACGUGAAUGAGUCGUCGGAAGGAGUGAAGAUUUAAGUUUGCAAUCGAUAGUACAACACGCUGGUAGAGCCGAACGAUAUGCAACCCAUUUGCUGUCGGUGUUAUCGACCGAGAGCAAAAGUUAAACAUUAAAGUAAAACGAAACAAACAAACAAAAAACCGGUUGACAAAUGCCAGCAAACAAACGAGCAAUGGUUAGAAAGCCGCAUUAUGUGUAACGUUGUGAUGGUAGAUAAUUCUAUUGCUGUUACUUGUUGAAUGGAUAGAAUAAAUACACAAUCACACAUACACAAUAGAGUACACACACACACAACAAUUGCUGGUUAACGAGGAUGCUGGCAUUGAGGAGAAAAAAAAACAAAAUGUUACGUGCUAUAGGGGCUAUACCUUUCUUACGGUUUUGAUAACUUGUGUUGUUAAUUCAUCUGGUUUAUAACGUCCUUUUGUGUUUCUGUUUCAUUAGGAUAAUUGUGGUAGAAUGAUAGAAAAAAAAACCAAUCGAGGGUCACCGCAAAAUUAAGUACCUACGAAGCGAAUCAAUGAAACCGCUUCAUUCAUCACGAAGAAAAGGAAGAAGGAAGAUAGAAAACAAUACCAUAUAGUCAUGUUAAUUAUCUCUCUAUCUCUCUCUUCAGCAGCAGACAGAAAGCACAGUUUUCAAAUUACGUAUAGAGUGUCACAGUUUAGUCACAAAUACAGUGCGCCCGUACGACGUGGUGCAACUAGCCAUUAGAAUCAAGUCUAACGCUACUCUACGAAUUUUAUCCCACACACCAUAACCAUAAAAUCUCCGCAUUGUGUUGUGGUGUGUUAAAACGCGCCCCCAAAAGGUGCCCGAACAAGCAAAACACUCCACUGUGCAAGAAAAGCAACGAGGUAAAGCUCCCUCUUACCUUUACUGCAAGCGUACGAUUUACAAAGCGAAGCGAAGCGGCUACAAGUGUUGUGAAACAAAAGUAUUUAAGUCAUCAAGUAUAAAGGAAAGCGGUGCAGAAAAUUGAGAAAACGAAGAAAAAACAAAAGAAGCCUCCAAGAUGAAGCGGAAGAGCACGAUGAACGAAUCAAAUUACAUUAUACAUACAUACGCAGAGAAGAGAAACAGAGAGACAACAGAAAAACAAAAAAAAAACAACAACAAACAUGUUAAGAAAGUGUUAAACCCAAACAAAUAAGCAUACACUAAUCGAAUUACAGACACACAUAGACACACAUACACAUCUAUAUACAAAUGCGCGCGCGUCCGUUACAGUAGUGAAUAUGUAAGGUAUGAAAGUUUAUAGACAGAUAUUUUUCUAAAAACGCAACUGAAACUUAAGAAUAAAAUUAAGAGUAAUUCAAUAUGCUCUGUGUGCGUGUGUGUGUGUGUGUGUGUGUAUGUGUGUGCGUGUGUGUAUGUGGGUUACUGGUACAAGUACGGGCAGUCACAGAAACUGUUGCUGUUAGUGUAAAUCGCGUUGCUGACUGGAGAAUGAGAAGCAUAAGAAGAAGGGAGGAGUGUUCACUCUAGCAACACCGCUUGUAUUGCAAUCUUCCUAAAACAUUCUCUCUUUCUACUAUCGAACCGCUCCGCAUAAGAAAAAGAAGCCCCCGUUUCAACAGGACCCCCACUCCUUUUCCGCCCUCUAAAAGUUUUCCCCGUAGUGAAAAUGAUAUUUGUAGACUGAUGAGAUAUUUAAUCAAGACAAGCGGUAAAGGAAUGAAGAGCAAAUCCAUCAUCAACACUGCGAGUGAAUGAGUGUGCAAAGCGUGUAAGAAAAGUAGUGAAACAAGGCGAAGCAAUGUGGAGCCCUUUUCUUCCCCCAUCAAACGAGAGAUGUCAAUGCGUGCACAGAAGACGAACCCCGUGGUUUUUAUUUUUUGAAUUUUUCAUCCAGCUAUCUCAUCCAAAGUGGCACUUUUUUUGCGCAGCGAUAGGGGAAAAAACAAACACACUCUGUAACACAUGCAUACUGUAAAUUUUCCAUCCUUUUUCUUACUCUUCUUGCACUACUACAACUACUAACUACACCGUUGGUGGAAAUGAGAAGAAAAGCAAAACAUUCUCUCUUUCACUAUACUAAACACAGUUACACACACGUUUAUUGCCGAUAUAUCUCCUUCAAUAUACCAAUAGCCUACAGUAUACUGUAUUACUAAGAAGAGCGUACACUUGGCAGCAAUACACCUCUACCAUUGUCCGUACCGUACCGUGUACCGAAGCACCGACUUUUCCACUUCCCUCACUGUGGUUCACAUUGCCGUACCACAUUUUCAUACAACAUGUUUACAUAGUCAGUUACUACUUAUAGUUAUUGUAUACCUUGUUUAAACUAUUACUAAAUAGAAUUCGUUUAAGCUUUAAAACAGUACUAGAACAGCUACUCAUUAAGGAAGGAAUUGAAUGAUCGUUGCAUUUGAACCAUUUUCGCGUUGUUUUGUUUUCACUCCCAGUUACUUGUUUUUAGACAAUUACCAGUGUUAAAAUCACUAGUUCCUUAAACAAACCCCCUUUUAACUAAUGCCAAGUAGCAGAGCAGGGGAGGAAAAUGGUGAUGAUCGCAGAAACCAUUUCAAAUAUUUCAAACCUUAAGACAACCCCUCCCAUUGUUCGAUAUGAUAUAGGGCAGAGAAGAAAAAAAAAUCAUUCAUAAUAGAACAAGAAAAAAAAAACGAUACAGAUGCAGGAAAGAAACACGUAUAGGAAAAUUAACCCUACUACUACCAUAAUCCAAUGAUAGACAAUAUUUUCUGCAAAACCUUUCAAAGCACAUCCUUCUUCGUCCUCUACCAAAACUUAAGCAGAGAAGGCGGAGGCAGAAAAAAAACCACUCGUUUGUAAGAUAGAGCAUUACAUAUACAUAUAUGAAACCGCGAAUCGCCCUUGUGAAUUCUAACACCUCCUGUAGUAACCUUUUAACACCACUUGUCACCCUCAUAUGAUCACGAUCCUCAUGAUCCUCAAACACAUUGUCAAGUUCUAUGGACGCUAGUGUUAGCGCGCACAGUUACGAACCGUUUUUCUCACGUUUCUAUUUCUAUGCUGUUCGAAACAAAUACAUACAUACAUACACCCAAGCAUAAGUAAAACAAAUAAAACAAAAAAAAACCGGAGAACAGGUUAGUAAAAUCAAAGCAAAGAAAAGGAGGCGCACGGCGCGAUACGUGUUAUGUUUGGCGUGAUCACUUCCACACGUUCUCGUCGUCAGCUAGUGUAAUACCGUUUAUUCCUUACUUAUAUAUCUGUUUUAGUAAAGCAAACAAACCUAGACAAAAAAGAAAACAAAGUAACAAAUUAUUCAGAAGGAUUAAAGGCAGAGCACAACGCGAGAUAGUUGUUGUGUUUCGCUACAAGUGGUCGGUGUGUUUCAAUCGCGUUCUCAAAACCGUCUUAACGUCGCGUCGCGGUAUAGUAUCACACCUAGACGCGAUUACCGUUUGCUCCGUUUGCUUGUACCGCCGCCAAGGGAGUUACAGAAGAAGGCAAAGAAGGCAAAGAUGUGUUGGGUUGUUUAGAUUUGAUUUCUAUAUUCGGAAACGAAGCAGUACAAUUACAUGUUCUGCAAGUUUGUAGAGCAUACAAAUUAAUGAAAGUAUAAUUGAAGGAAGGAAAAAGAAGAAAAAAAACAGCAACAAAAACAGAAUGUGACACAAUGUAGAAUAGGGUGCAAUAAUGUGUUGAAACAAUGUUAAAGCAGAAGCAAAGAUGCAAGAUCGGAAUGAAGAAUAAAUUCUAGUGCGCAAAAUAAGUACAUUAGUAAAUGAAAACAAAGCAAACAAACAAACAAACAAACAAACAAACAAACAUAACAAUACACACACACAAACACACGUACACAUAUAUAGGACAAACUUCAAGUAAAUAGAUAGUGUCAAGAGAAUUGUUUGUAGAACGGAGAAAGGCAGGUGCAAAAGAGUGAAAACCAAAUAGUACUAUAAAGGUAAAAUAAAAAGAAAUUAAUAAAUUAACAAAUCAAAUCAAAGGUGAGUGUAGAGCGGAAAGCGAUGACAGGACCGAAGCAAAUACACGGGUAACGUCCAAAUUCCCGGCCCCGAAGUCGAAGACGCAAGCUUUACCUCGUUGUUGCACACAUUACCACUUUUUCCCCCGUGUUGGUCAUCGUUUGCCAAUCCUUUGCCUUGUUGCCUCUUGCUUCGCGAGCGAAUCUCCUUCACAUUCGAGCUCAUCCACUUUUCACAACCCGAAUGAGCACAUGGCUAAGCGCUGGUAGCGGCCAACAAUACGUUUCAUUCGUACUCUCUUCCAUCAAUGCGCCUGGCGCAUGUCCACAUUCAAUGGUUCACCGUCUUCUUUUAUUAUGCAUUGUUGAGAAGAUACAGUUGAUAAUGGCGAAAAUAAGAAUGAAAAAAGGUGAAAAAAAAACAAAAAGUUCAAACUAUCUCAUACUUAAAGGAACAUUUAAACACAGCGCGAAUGAAGUGGAAGAAAACAAACAAACAACCUAAUCCGUCAAAUAAAAACAAACAAAAACAUACAAAACAACCAACACAUACAGAGAAAAAAAAACAGAGAAAGAAAGAGAAGGUCAACAGCAUUGUCCAGUAUGGAGGAGACUUUUCUAUUCUAUAGAUUGUGCAGCUAUUAAAAUGCAAAGUAUAGAAAGAAAAGUAAGAAACAGAAAAAAACAGAACAUUGUAUUGUUCAUAUUUUUACAUUACGAUACAAGUGAUGAACACUUAAAACAUGCAGCCACAGAAUAAACACAUGUUAAAAUAGCAUCUAAACAAACCUAAAGAUCAAACCGACUCAAACAUACACGAAGAACUACUUUACGCAACGCUAAAACACACUAGAAUAAAACAAAGCAUGAAAAAAAGGAAAAUUGAGAAGAAAAAAAACUGUGUGUUAGGUAAAAAUUAAAAUGCAUCCAUACAUAAACACAUAAACACGGCCAUGGAAAAACACAUUUAAAACUAGUUAAAUAUAAAUAAUGAAAGGUAAAGAAGUUUAAACCAAAACCAAUACAAACAAAAAGAGAGAAAAAAGAGCAAAUAAAAAAGAUGAAAAAAUAUAAUAAAACUUGGCAAAGAAGCCCCUUUUUCCCCAACUAUUUGCCAGCGAUCAAAUCAUCGCCCGACGUACACAAAUACACACUCACACACACACGCACAUACCACAUAUAUUUAGCAAGAGUGAGCGUUUACCGGCCCGGUACCGGUGGUUAACCAUACACGGCCGGAAUUAGUUCAAUUAUUGUAGGGUGCUGGAAGAUGGAAGUGGCAAAUUAAGGGGAUAGGGACACACACUCCCAUGCAAGCGAGCUCAGGCUCAGGGAGCGGUUGGGAAACUAGGCAAAGUGGGAAGAGCGGGAAAUAAUUAAAAACAGAAGCAACAGCAAAAAAAAA